AUGUCACAUGCAAGCCAUCUUUACCCAAGAACAAUUGGCGGUCUCGACGAAUUCGAGAAAUCACUUGACGCUGAGAAGGUCGAGCGAGAGCAGACUGAAAAGCGCAAACACCGAAAACAUUGCCAUCACCGAGACUUAUCUAUGCUACAUGAUAAGAAUCUCGGGGAGAAUCGUGAGCCAGAAAGACACAGUCAUGUCAAGAAAUCGGAUUCCGAAGAUCUCCCAGUUCCCGACAAAGAAGUUUCCGCUGUGGAGUCCAGUACGGAAGAUACGAAUCUGGUUCGCGACGAUUGGACGACAGGCCCAUCUGCUUUGGGAGUCGAUUGCAUACAGAAAGGGGCCAAGGACACAGGUUCAAACUGGCACAUGACCAAGCUGCUGAAAGGGGUAUACACAGUAGCAGAGCAGACAGGACGUCCAGUAGAGGAUGUGGCAAUAGAACGCUUCCGCAUUCUGCGCGACUUUGACGAUGCAAGUGAGGAGAGGGUAGGAAUGCACAGGCACAGAACUUACGGAGAAGGCUACGUGGGUAAGGAGAAGCCUAGUGGGGAACUAUUCCAAAAACGCAAGGCGAAGAUGGGUGUUCAUGAAGAGAAGCGCCAGUGGGAAGAACCAAGAGCUGAUCAGGGCACAGUGAUACAUAAUCCUACGACUAGCCAAACAGUCGGGAAGGUGGAACAGACAGCGCUGAACAAAAUGCACGCCCAGAUGAUGAAGGCGAAACUCCUUCGAGCACUCCGGCUAUAUAUUCGACACCUACCUCAAGAUAAGAGAUACUUAGACUAUGAUCGAAGCGUUGAAGUACCUCCUAGGAGUACUAGCUAA